CUCUCUAUCAUUCACUCACUCUUUUUUAGCUUUGGAGUAAAGCCUUCGUCUCUUCACCUUCAGAUCGGUUUCAGUAGGCGAUCGUUUGUUCCAUAAGCAAUGGCGCUUGUUUUGCACAGCGCAGUUAACAAGAAUACUUACAAGGCACAAAUUGCUGCAGAAUAUGUUGGCGGUGUUGAAAUAAAGUUGGUUGAUAACUUUCAGAUGGGUGUGUCAAAUAAGACCCCUGAGUUCCUUAAGAUGAACCCUAUUGGAAAGGUCCCUGUUCUUGAAACUUCCGAGGGAACUAUUUUUGAGAGUAAUGCAAUUGCUCGCUAUGUUGCCCGAGGAAGUUCCCUCUUUGGGUCUUCAGCAAUUGAAUAUGGUCAAAUUGAACAAUGGAUAGACUUUUCUUCGUUUGAGCUUGAUGCAAAUAUUGGGGGCUGGGCAUACCCAAGAUUGGGAUUUAGGACCUACAUCAAACCUGCUGAGGAGAACUACAUUGCUGGCUUGAAGAGAGGGCUUGCUGCUUUGAACACAUAUCUAGCUUCACGUACUUUCUUGGUUGGUGAUGCUGUUACCCUGGCAGACAUAAUUGUUACCUGUAACAUGUUGUUGGGCUUUAAAUUGGUGAUGACAAAGAGCUUCACUUCUGAGUUUCCUCAUGUUGAGAGGUAUUUCUGGACCAUGGUUAAUCAACCAAAUUUCAGCAAGAUAGUUGGUGAAGUCAAGCAGACAGAAGCCGUUCCUCCUCUUUCUUCGGCAAAGAAACCAGAAGCCAAACCAAAGGAGGAGCCAAAAAAAGAAGUCAAGAAAGAAGAAGCCCUCAAACCAAAGCCUGAGGCUGCCGAGGAGGAAGAGGCGCCUAAGCCUAAGGCAAAGAAUCCUCUUGAUUUGCUACCUCCAAGUAAGAUGGUGUUGGAUGACUGGAAGAGGCUUUACUCUAACACCAAGAGUAACUUCCGUGAGGUUGCUAUCAAAGGUUUUUGGGACAUGUAUGACCCAGAGGGUUACUCUCUUUGGUUUUGCAAUUACAAGUACAAUGACGAGAACACUGUUUCUUUUGUGACCAUGAACAAGGUUGGUGGAUUCCUUCAGCGUAUGGACCUUGCACGUAAGUAUGCCUUUGGAAAGAUGUUGAUCAUUGGAAACGAGCCCCCAUACAAGGUGAAGGGAUUGUGGCUAUUCCGUGGAUCAGAGAUCCCCAAAUUUGUAAUGGAUGAGUGCUAUGACAUGGAGCUCUUUGAGUGGACCAAGGUUGAUCUUUCAGACGAGGCACAAAAGGAGCGAGUGAAUCAAAUGAUUGAGGAUCAAGAGCCUUUUGAGGGUGAAGCUCUUCUGGAUGCAAAAUGCUUCAAGUGAGGUAAAAUGGCGUGUUGUUUUGAGAUAGGACAAUCCAUAAGAUCUUGUUGGUGUAGUAGGUUACCCAUUUAAGUGUGCUUUUAGAUAUAUGCGAACUAUCCAGUUUUGAUUGUUGCUGUCUUUAUGUUCAAAAUGGUUUACAGAUUAAACAAUGUAUGUGUAGAAUAUGGAUAACACAAAAACUCAUUCUAUAUGCAUGUGAACUAUGUUUGUGAUAUUAUUUAACAUGCUAGAAUUUCUCGA